AUGUCAAGCCUCCUUGACACAUUGAUCACACGCUCCGAUCAACACCCACUCUCAACUUGCCUUGACAAGCUCAGGAUUGUGCGAGUCUUCCCUCCUCCAGAUGGCCCACCAAAAUUUGCUUGCCCAUCAAACGAGUCUACCGAAAAGCCACUCCUCCUCCCCAAGCAUUUUUCGUCUCCAAACACACAGCUCGAGCUCGUCACUCGGCUACCAUCCGUCAUGAAAAAUCCAGUGAGGUCGCCGCCUUCUAAUUCGAAACUCGACACCGGAUACAACAUGAACCCCUUCAACGUUUCAUUGUGGUGUGAAGGCACAAGCCACAGGUUUACAACGACAGGCAAGCGGUGA